AUGGCCGACGAGCUCGACCGUCCCAACGUCGUCGGCGCUGACGACGAAGACGAGUACGAUCUGUGGGGCACCGACGACGACGAGCCGGGCGGAAAGAAGGGGCGUGGGCGGAAGGGCGGCGGCGGCGGCAAACGCGGCGGCGGCGGCGGCGGGGAUGCUGGGGAGGAGGGCGGGGCGUUGGCGGAGGACGAGGUGCCUGAGGACAUUUACAAGGGAGAGGUGGAUGAGCUGAGGCCGCAGGCGCCCGACGAGAACGCCCACUGGGAAUAUGAGGGGGAGCCUGAUGAUGACGACCAGUCCCAGGGCGCCAGCGAUGAUGACCUGGCGGAUGACCCCUUCACGCGCAAGGAGCUAGGCCUCAAGGCGGGCCUGGGCGAGGACGGGGAUGAGGAGGACGCGGAGCGGUCAGAGGAGGAGGAGGUCGAGGGGGAGGGCGAGGACGAGGCGGCGCGCAACGAGAAGGAGAAGGAGAGGCGCUUCCAGGGGUGGCUCUGCUGUCCGCCGCCGCCGCCGCCGGCUGCGGCGGCGGCGGCGGCUGCGGCGAAGGGGGGGGCGGAGCUCAAGCACAAGAGUGAGAGGGCGGCGGAGCGCAUCGCGGCCGGGGAGGAGCUGGACGAGGAGGACGAGGAGGAGGUGUCGUGA